AUGUUGCUGUGGUCAGUAUGGAGCGCAAUAUUGCUACUGACCCCGCUGGAGGCUGCAGAGGAGGAGGAUGUCCGAGCAGGCUGCAGCACGGCUGUAAAUGACCUGGUCUAUAUUGUCGAUGGCUCGUGGAGCGUCGGCUUCUCUGACUUUGACACGGCCAAGCUGUGGCUAAUCAACAUCACCAGCCAGUUUGACAUCAGUUCCCACUACACACAGGUGGCUGUGAUCCAGUACAGCGACACUCCUCGUCUGGAGAUUCCUCUGGGGAAACACCAGGGUGGAGUAGAGCUCAUCCAGGCCAUAAAGAGCAUCACCUACCUGGGAGGAAACACGCAGACCGGCAGGGCCAUCAAGUUUGCCGUGGACCACGUCUUCCCCUCCUCCCAAAGAGGCAACCAGGUCAAGAACCGCAUCGCUGUGGUGGUUACUGAUGGCAAAUCUCAGGAUGACGUGGUGGAUGCCAGCAUGGAGGCACGAGCUCAGGGCAUCACGGUAUUUGCUGUUGGAGUUGGCAGUGAGAUCACCACCUCAGAGCUGGUAUCCAUCGCCAAUAGACCAUCAUCCACCUAUGUCUUAUAUGCUGAAGAUUACACCACCAUCGACCGUAUCCGAGACUCUAUGGAGCAGAAACUCUGUGAAGAGUCUGUGUGUCCCACACGAAUCCCGGUGGCAUCUCGUGAUGAGAAAGGCUUCGAGCUGAUGGUGGGUAUGAACAUUCAGAAGAAGGCCAAGAAGAUCCCAGGCUCUCUGAUUUCUGAGGCAGCCUAUGCUCUGACCGCCUCCACAGACAUUACUGAGACCACCAGGGAGAUUUUCCCAGAAGGCCUUCCUCCAUCCUAUGUGUUCGUAGCCACCCUGCGUCUAAAGGGACCCGCUAGCCAGCUGACCUUUGACCUUUGGAGGGUGCUGUCCAAGGAUAAAGAGAUCCAGGCUGCAGUGACACUAAGUGGGAAGGACAAAACUGUCUUCUUCACCACGACCAGCAUAAAGGAAAAGGAGCAGAGAGUCAUCUUUAAAGCCGGCUUUGAGGCUUUGUAUGAUGGAAAGUGGCAUCAGCUCAAACUCCUGGUGAGACCAACCCAGGUCACCAGUUUCCUUGACGAUCAAGUGAUCCGGGAAAUGAUGCUGGAACCGGUGGAGCCCAUUUACAUCAACGGGGAGACACAGGUGGCCAAGAGGCGAGGAACAGACAUCACUGUGCCUGUGGAGAUUCAGAAGCUGCGUCUGUACUGUGACCCUCAUCAGAGUGAGAGAGAAACAGCCUGUGAGAUUUACUCUGUGGAUGAUGAAAGGUGUCCUUUGAAUCGAACAGAAACAGCGGAGGAAGAGGAUUGCAACUGUGUAGUCGGGCCACCAGGGGAGCGUGGCCUGCCAGGACGCAUGGGUUUCCGAGGGGAAAAAGGGAGGGAAGGACCACCAGGACCUGAUGGUAAGCCUGGUAAAGAUGGGAUACCUGGGGUACCUGGCCCUCCUGGAUUACCAGGACUGAAGGGUGAAAGUGGCCCGGCGGGACUAAGAGGGGAUUCAGGUCCAGAAGGUCUCAAGGGUGACAGAGGGGAGCCAGGUUUAUCAGGAGAGCCAGGACCCCCAGGACCCAAGGGUCUUCCUGGUGAUAGAGGUGAGCCGGGACCUCCAGGAGAAGCUGGACCGAUGGGGGAGCCGGGACUGCCGGGGAUGGGCGGACUGGUUGGGCCGCCAGGACCAAAGGGGGAGAGAGGAGUCAUUGGGCCACCUGGUGCUGCUGGAGCUCAAGGCCCCCCGGGUGUCCAGGGACCUCCUGGCGAAGCAGGCCCAAGCGGACCUCAGGGAGUGGUAGGGGUGCCUGGACCACGAGGACCGCCUGGAAUAAACGGAACACUGGGAAUCCAAGGGCCCCGGGGGCCGCCCGGAGAGAUCGGCCGCGAUGGUCCCAAGGGGACGUGUGGCGAUCCAGGGCUCACCGGUCCUCACGGUCCACCAGGCCAGAAGGGCUCCCCAGGAGAGCCGGGCUUUCCAGGGCUGCCGGGUGACAUGGGGAUGCCGGGGUUCAAAGGUCACAAGGGGGAGAGAGGAGAGCCAGGCCCUAAAGGAAAUCAGGGGGAGCGAGGCAGAGAUGGAGAGCCGGGGACUCCUGGUGUACCUGGCGAAGUGGGACCCAGGGGAAGGAAAGGAGAGCCAGGAGUGACAGGUGAUGUAGGCCAAAGGGGGCCUGAAGGAAAGAAAGGGGACAUGGGCCACAUGGGUGCUGUUGGUCCCAGGGGAUUUCCUGGCCAGGAUGGGUUGCCAGGCCAACCAGGCCAACCAGGAUAUCCGGGGAAACCUGGCAAGCCUCCCUCAGAUGAACAUCUUCUAAAGCUCUGCACUGAUGUUCUGCGUAAUCAACUUCCAGCUCUGCUCCAGACUCUGGCCCCCCCAGCUAGGUGUGAACCCUGCCAGAGUGUGAAAGGACCUCCGGGCGAUCCAGGAGCACCAGGACCCAAAGGCUCAAUGGGAACUCCGGGCUACCCUGGCAGGAGUGGCAAUCCCGGUUACCCAGGACCUCCUGGAAGGCAGGGUCCCGUAGGCCUGAAAGGUGACAUGGGACCAAGAGGGCUCAAAGGCAGCAAAGGAGAAGGUUACAUCGGACCUCCAGGACCACCUGGACAGCCAGGGAUUCAAGGCCCCCGCGGCUUCGAUGGCAUCGGCCAUCCAGGAAACCAGGGAAUCCCAGGAAAACCAGGACCACCAGGAGAUCCUGGCAAACGGGGCAACCCAGGGGUUCCAGGGGUGUGUGAUGUUUCCAUGUGCUAUCAGACCUACAACCUCAGGGAACAUUACAGCAAAGGACCCAACGUCUGAUGACACAGCAGCCUGGGAGAGGCUGCCACUGAAAACACCCGCGGGGAGGAGAUUUACUGUAAUACUGACUUCCAGAGACGUGUCUGACUGGUGACUCCUUUAUGACAAAGUGUGUGUGGAGAACAGCUGCACUGGAGGCAGAAAUGACCUUAUUAGUUGAGUUUAACUGAAAUAGGCUGGGCAUUGAUUCAUGAUCACAGAAUUGAUGAUGAAAGACGGUCCGCAGUCUAGCGACCAAGCUUACUGAGGCUACUUUACACUUUAAACCUGCAGAGGUUUAAACAGCAGGUGGUGAGGUCUAAUCAGGAGGAAGUCAGAUGAGCGCCAAAAUGGUUGUAACUGACUUUUGUUGGUUCUUGUGUAAAUAGAAACAAUAUAGGAUUGGGAAUAACAUUAAAAAUAGCUACCUCCUCUUUUACCUGAGUUACUCUUUAUGUUUAAGUUAAUGUUACUGAAGGCUUUGCUAAUGCUUCCAGGCUAACAUCACCAGCAGUUCCAUCGAAUUUCAAGGCAACACCCAAUGCGCAGAAAACAUAUAUCGGCUUCUCAUUUGGUAAGGCUAAUAAGCAGUGCAAGACAAGUGCAACCCCCCGCCCAAAUAUUUCUGUUUCUAUAUGGUAUUUGU